AUGUCGGCCUCUUUGCCUGGCAGCCGCGAGCUGCCAGCAUCGCAGUAUGAUCUCACCACAUACUGGGGACGGGUGCAGCACACGGCGGGGAUCACAGACCCAAGGACGCUGCUUGUCGGCCGGACGGGGCUGGAGCAGGCCAAGAAGGCCAUUGUGGCCUACAAGCAGGGCGAGGUCAAGGAGAUGACGCCGCAGCUGUGGAAGGCCAAGAAGAUUGUGGACGCGACGCUGCAUCCGGACACGGGCGAGCCGGUGAUGCUGCCGUUCCGCAUGUCGGCAUUUGUGCUGUCCAACCUGGUCGUCACGGCCGGUAUGCUGACGCCGGGGCUGGGGACCGCCGGCACGAUCCUCUGGCAGAUUGCCAACCAGUCACUCAAUGUAGCCAUCAACAACGCCAACGCCAACAAGUCCACGCCGCUGUCGUACGGCAAACUGGCGCAGUCCUACUGCCUGGCCGUCGGCGCCUCGUGCUCGGUGGCCGUCGGCCUCAACAGCCUCGUGCCCCGCCUCACGCGCCUGUCGCCGGCCACCCGCCUCGUGCUCGGCCGCCUCGUACCGUUUGCCGCCGUCGCCAGCGCCGGCGCCCUCAACGUCUUCUUGAUGCGCGGCGAGGAGAUGCGCACGGGCAUCGACGUCUACCCCGUCGGCCGCGGCGACGAGAAGGCCGCUUCGCUCGGCCGCAGCAAGACGGCGGCCACCCUUGCGGUCGGCGAGACGGCCCUGUCGCGCGUGCUCAACAGCUCGCCCAUUAUGGUGAUCCCGCCGCUGGUGCUCGUGCGGCUGCAGCGCACCCGCUGGCUCAAGCAGCGGCCGCAGCUGACGACGCCCGUGAACCUGGGCCUCAUCCUGGUGACGAGCUACGCGGUGCUGCCGCUGGCGCUGGCGGCGUUCCCGCAGCAGCAAAAGAUUGCGGCAGACUCGCUGGAGCCCGAGUUCCACGGCCGGGGCGGCGUCGGCGGUCUUGUGGAGUUCAACCGGGGUAUUUGA